AUGCCCGAGCUGUCCCAAAAGGAGCUGUGGCGACAGUUCUUUGCAGGCGGAGCCGCCUCGCAACCAUCCGCUGCGGUGUGGGUCUGUCAGCUGGGAAGCCCUGACGGCAAGGAGCCUGAGACCAUUGGCAGCGCGUUCAAAAUCACUGCUAGUGUUUCAGAUGUGGAUGACCUCAAGAAAGCAAUCAAAGCGGAAGAGGAACUGUCCAUCGCAGCAUCCAAGAUCGAUGUAUACAGCCAGAAGGAUGGCCGCUGGGUCAGAGAAGAUGAAGAAGCAGCAGUCAAGUGCGGCAGAUCCAAGGCAGACUGCUACGGAUUCAUGUUACCAGCUGGAGCUGCUGGAGCCGCAUAG